GUACUUCUAAACUCACAACCACCCCGCCCGUGAAUGGCGGAGUCCAUUGCAACUUUCCCAUUCAGAUCUUAUCGCCUACCCCACGCGCUUUGGAUGCGAGUGGCCUACGUUUUUCCAUCACCCAAUUGCAAUUUGUUAGACCAAUCACUGUUCAGACUUCAUAAACCGUUACAACAACUACUCGUGCCCGAUAUCCAGCCUCGCCCUCACCGCCGCCAAAACUCCGCCUUAAUGUCAUCGCAAGAGUCGAACUCGUUCCACUGGCACUACGCCGAGUUCGACGACCGGAACUUCGAGAUCGGCGGCCGGACUCUCUUCUCCCUCAUCGUCCUCUUAGCCGUUGUCCUCCUAAUCACUCUGCUCUUCAUCUACACGCGCUGGGUCUUCCGCUCCCGGAGCGUCCACGCGCCGCCCAGUCACGCAGCUCAGCCUCAGGGGCUCGACCGCUCCGCAAUAGAGAGGUUUCCAGUUGUAUUGCACCAAUCGUCUGUUGCCAAAACGGUUGACGAAUCAGAGUGCUCUAUUUGCUUGGGCGUAUUCGAAGAUGGUGACAAAGUAAUGGUGUUGCCGAGGUGCCGCCACUGUUAUCACUCCGAGUGCGUCGACAAGUGGCUCACGUCUCAGCCAAGUUGCCCGCUCUGCCGAUCUUCUCUCCGAUCCGACUCACCCGUUUGACUCGGCAAAAUCAUUUUGAUAUCUCAGCUCUCAGAUGCAAGCUUAGGCCUACCCCUGUUGGUUGCUCCUCCCUGAAGACCAGUUAACUUGGUGUGGAGUUCAGUAAAAAGCAAGUAGUCACCUGUGUUUUGGAUUGGGUAAAGAAAUCGCAUCUCUACUCUACUUUAUAUUUGAUUAAUUUCAAUUCAAGGCAAUUUUAACUAUAUAUCUAGGUAUAGAAGUCCUAUUUCUAGGCUUCCCAUCCCGUUGGAACAUACCUGAUGGUGCCAUAUGGCCCAAAACACAUCAUGAUGAGCAGAAAAAGUUGUUACCACUGAAGACCUCUUAUCUAAAAUUUUAAGACACGUAACUAAACAAUCAGUCUUUUGUUUUAAAUCUGCGUCCAAAGGUUUUCUCUCUCACAUCACGAAGCCCAAUUUUGCUCGUUGUCCAAAGCCUAUCCCUGGAUUUGUUUUUGCAUUAUUCUUGUGCCCUUUCAACAAGAUAGCCUUCAACCUCAAUUAUGAUCUUAGACUUGAAUUCAUCCGUCUCUCCAAUGACAGAAAUCCCUAUUAGCAAUGUGAUGUCACAUCCCUUCCAACUCUAUCAAGCAUAACAAUUCAAGUUAAUGCCAUGGAUUGUUAAUUUGCCGUGCAUACGGUGAGAUUGAACAUUUACUACCAUGUUGUUAACUAUACCACACCAAACUGUUUAGAACAUUUCCUGUGUCAUGACACAAUUCCUCAUCAGUAAACUUUUGGGGAGGUCUUGGUCUCAUAAACUCAAUAGCAAUCUUCAAGUAGCACUUUUAGCUAAGGACCCAUGGUGUUUCAAGUGUGAACCUCAUUUGGAUAGCUUUUCUAUUAGAGGCCUAAGCUGUCCGCAUUUGGAGCUCUUCUCUUGAACCUGCACAUUGGGAUGUACUAGUUGAAGAUUAGCAUCUGACAAGCUUCUGGUGUUCAUCAUCAACGCCCAUAUUAUGAUGUGCCCUCACUUCCUGAAGAACAAUCUUGGUAUGCUCACUCUACAUUUGGAGUUUCAUAUCCUAAUGUGAUGCAAAUUGCAGCAAAUGGCCGUCUAACUUGUGAGCCCCAUUGAUUGGGUUAAAAAAGACAAGGAAUCAUAUUUGGUUUCUCGCUUUCAUCAGGGGAUCAUAUAUUACAAUCCAGUUUACAAGACCUUCAAGGUCAUAUAUCUCAUAGAGAAUGGUCAACACUUCGCCAUUUUACAAUUC